UUGAUUGGAACUACAUUUUGUUGGCAAUCCUGUUCCGAUAUAUUGCGUCGCCAUUUUCCGUGUGUGGUUCUGCGUUUCUCGACAUUCCGGUGAUCACAAGAAACCACGAUGUCCUCAGCGAGCGGUGACGAGGCCGAGGUCGUACUGGCCGAACCAGUGAGGCGCACCAGGUCGGGUCGGGCCCGAAAGACGACGGUGGUGGCUCCAUCACCUGUGAAGAAACUCCUCGCCCGAGCAACGCGCUCUUCGAGAAAGAUCCAGGAAAUCGAAGAAGUUAAGGAGGAAACUACAUCUACAUUAGAAGAAAACAUGAUGGAAAAUAUACCUGAGAAUGGAGUUCAACGUCAUUUGUCGGAUGUUAUUACGGAGCAACGCAGUGAGGAAGAUACUCCUAUGUUACAUUUGGAAUUAGAGGAUUCUGAAGACGCUAAUAUACAUGAAAUAAGUAUUACUCAAACCGAGGAAAUGGAGCAAGAUGUAGAAGAUAUGCAGCAUUCCAAUAUAAGAUCAGAGGGUAUAAUUAUAGAAGACAGUAGCAUGGACAAGGUGGAGAUGUUGGCUGAACAUAGUGAAGACAUUGAGAUGGAAGGUCAAGAUGUCAGCAACGAUGACUCGAAUCAGCAGCGCGUAUUGAUAGAUUUUCAAGAAGUUAUCAAUGACGAUGGCAGCACAAUGACGCAGGAGAUUUUAGAGGAAGAGGAAAUAGACUCUGAAAACAUGUCUAUGCAUCCUGGUACAAGGGUCCAAAUUAUGGAAAUGGAUGAUUCGCAGCAAGAAAUAUCGGAGGAUGCGGACGCGGCGAUGGGCAAGGUUGAGGAACCUGACAUGGAGGCAUUACAGAGUGAUUCUUUGCCACGUAUAGAAAUAACUGCUGCUGCAGAAAGCGAAACAAUACAUGAAUUUAUAAGUGAAGAUGAUCCAAAGAAAAUCGAGCCCGACAUGGAAGCUGUGUCAGAAGAUGAGUUACCGACUGAAGCCACAGCCAAGGAACCAGAGACUGAAGCAGUUUCUGACGAGGAACUACCAGUUGCUGCUCCGGCAGAUCUGGGUGAAACUGAGUCAGUGUCCGAGGAUGAAUUACCACCGGACAGUGAGAAGAAGAAAAAGAGUGGAGCAAAGUCAAUCAAUAAAACACCAGAGAAAAAGAUCAAAGCAGAAAGUGGAACCAAACGUAAAUUGAACGCGGAAGGAGAAUACGAUCCCAGCUCUCCAACAUCUGAGAACAACGAUGAAGCACCGGCAAAGAAGGUUGCCUUAUCGACCGAUGUGGAAAUAGGAGAUAAGCAAGAGAUCAAGCCAGCAUCACCGAAAAAGAAAACAUUGCCCGAAUUAGAAAAAUAUUGGAAAGCCGUUAAUGAAGAUCCAUCUGAUUUUACAGGGUGGACGUAUCUCUUACAAUACGUAGACCAAGAGAACGAUGCGGAGGCAGCGCGCGAAGCUUACACCAAAUUUUUGGAGCGUUAUCCAUAUUGCUACGGUUACUGGAGAAAGUUCGCCGAUUACGAGAAGAAGAAGGGCAACCCCGAAAAUGUCCAAACGGUGUUCGACCAAGGUCUGAAAGCUAUUUCGCUAAGCGUCGAUCUCUGGCUCCAUUACAUCAACCACUGUAAAACCGUGUAUGAAAAAGAUGAAGAGAAACUCCGGGAGCAGUACGAGCGUGCAAUACAAGCUUGCGGCCUUGAAUUUAGAUCAGAUCGUCUCUGGGAGAGCUACAUAAAGUGGGAAUCGGAAGGAAAACGCUUGAGCAGAGUGACAGCGCUAUACGAUCGUUUACUCUCAACACCUACUCUGGGUUACACCUCCCACUUUGAAGCCUUCCAAGAAUUUGUGUCGUCCAACUUGCCAAAUCGUAUCUUAAGCGUGGACGACUUCCUCGCAUUACGUGCAGAAGUAAAAGCCCUUCUCAAAUCGGACGACGCUACUGCAACCUCCGCUGCCGAUGAUGCACCACCCGGUGAAGAACCGCCGCCCCACGAGGUACCACCUACCGAUGAGGAGACCCGUGCCAUUCGUGAGAAGAUCAUUAGCAGCAGGCGCAAAAUGCACAAAGCGAACGUCAAUGCAGUGGCAGCGAGAUGGUCCUAUGAGGAAGGGAUAAAGAGACCAUAUUUCCAUGUAAAACCAUUGGAACGAUGCCAGUUGAAAAAUUGGAAGGAGUACCUAGAUUUCGAGAUUGAACAAAAGGAUCAGAAUCGAAUAAUUAUCUUAUUUGAAAGGUGUCUCAUUGCUUGUGCACUUUAUGAUGAAUUUUGGAUGCGAUUUGUACGCUAUUUGGAAUCGUUAAAGGGGGAUAAUACAGAAAAGAUCCGAGAUGUAUAUUCAAGGGCUUGUAUGGUGCAUCAUCCAAAGAAACCAAACUUGCAUUUGCAAUGGGCCAUCUUUGAGGAGGGGCAGGAUAACUUCGAAAAAGCUGCCGACAUAUUAGAGAAUAUUGAUAAUGUAUUACCAAAUAUGCUACAAGUGGCGUACCGACGGAUAAACUUAGAACGUCGUCGUGGAGACUUGGAAAAAGCGUGUACCUUAUAUGAAAAUUAUAUUAGCAAUAGCAAGAACAGGACAAUCGCCAAUAACAUCGCUGUGAAAUACGCGCGAUUUUUGUGUAAAGUCAAGGAUGACGUUGACAAGGCAAUUAAAGUGUUAAUGAAGGCCACAGAUAAGGAUAAAGACAAUCCUAGACUAUAUCUGCAAUUAAUAGAUCUGGGAAUGCAACGAACGCCAGUCGACACUGAAGAAAUAGUAGGCUACAUGGAUAUGUUUAUAGAAAGAGAACACGCAGAUCUUGAGCAAAGAGUACUUUUUGCGCAACGCAAAGUAGAAUUCUUAGAAGACUUCAGUCCUGAUAUCCGGCAAGUGUUGAAGGCUCAUGAACAAUUCCAAAAAUGUAUCAAGCAAGCAAAAGAGAGGAAAAAGACGAAGGGCGAUGACAACAAAACUAGUGAUUCUUCACCUCCGAAGAAGAAAGCCGAUCAAUCAAAUGUACCACCUUCGCAGUCCGUGAGCUCGUCGCAGUCUUCAUAUCAGUAUAGCAGCGGCCCAAGCGGACCUUAUCAAUCGACCCAACAGUUUCAAGGCGGGCAGUACGGCGGUCAGGGUGGUUAUCAACAAGGUUACCAGCAAUACCCACCUCCAUCGGACCCAAAUUACGCCAACUACCAAAAUUGGCAAUAUGGUCAAGGCGGGCCACAGGCUUACGGACCUUAUAAUCAGUGGGGAUCUUACAAUUAUUAUUAAUAUCGAUAGGCCAUAAUCGUCCCUAAUGACUGUCAUACUGUUGUGUCCUACUGUACAUUCUAGUGUUUUAUUCUAUCGAUUUCGAUUUGCAGACGAAAAAUUUAUUAAUUAUUUAAGUAUUUUGGUAUCCUGACAUGUGAGAACUUAAAAGCCAUGUUUCUCUCUCUAUACAUAUAUAUUGAUAACUGAUACCUUGCAUGACUACUGUAUGUAUUGAAUAAACUGUAUACCGUUAACAGAACUUUUUAUUCCUUUACUUUUUUAUUGAUCUUUCAUAUUACAUUCACAAAAUUAAGAGCUAAAAGAUUAAAAAAUAUUAAUCAACUAAUAUAAUUGUUUUAUUUUAGAAACAAUUCGAAGUAUUCUUAUCGGAAUAUAUCAAGAAAAAUAUAUUAAUUCUCUAGAUAGACAUUAAUUUUUUACUGAGAAAAUAAUUGAAGUUUCUGCUACUGGUGUACAGUUUUUCUAGGAUCUUUUGUGUUCACAUUUCAAAGCGUGGCGACUAUAGCAUUAAAUGUGAAGAUGAAUUUUUAGAUUGCGUCCACGAGUCUUAAUAAAUUAUGGAUUUCGAAAUGAAGCUGUUGAUAAUUAAAAUGUCAAGUUACAUUUAAAAAAUGUAGUUAUAAUACAUCAUGUUGGACAUUAUGAUAUACCACAUCUUCAAUUAUAUAUAUAAUAUAAAUCGAUUGCUACUUACUUUUCUUGAAGACAUCAUAAUCAUCAUAUAUCUUCUAAUUUUUUGUAAAUUUCUUGUUAAAUUUGUUUGCUAACCAAACCUAUUUCUUCGAACAAACACUCGAUACAGAAUAUUAAGAAAUUCUUUUUUCAGUUUUUAUUCAAAAACAUAAUGUGUAUUAUUUAGAAUCCAUGGUUUCUUUUAUUAUUGACAUAUAGAAUAUAUAGAUUAUAUUCUUGGUAAGUAUUGCAACGCGAUUUAAUAAAGAUUUCAUAAUGUCCAAAAAUCAAUUUCUUUCUGAUUAUCUAAAAUGAUAAGAUAAUAAUUGUUUUUAUAACUUUAUGGUUAUUUCGAUUUCAUGUAUUUAAACCACUUCUGAUAUAAACCACUAAUGUAUAACUUACAAUUAAAAUUAGACUUAUGAUUAAAA